AUGAGCGGCUCAGCAGACGGCACUGCGGUCACGCCGGCUUGGAAGAAGUUGGGCCUCAAGCUGAAGCACUCCAGCGCAAAUGAGAGCGCAAACAAUACCCCGGCCGUUGGGCAGCCAGACCGUGCCCAGCAGGGCAGCAUGCAGGGCAAGAGAAAGCUGCACACAACCAGUGCUGCGUCAGAUUAUUCCUCACCCCUUUCUGCAAAAAAGCCUCGCAGAGACUUUUCCCGAACAUCAACAGGAGAUGCCACGCCACAGCUCACACGAAAGAAGUCCGUCGCCUUCGCCGACACGCCCACCAACAAGACUGCCGCCCCAGGCUCGACCACGGCGCGAAAGACGCCCGCGAAACCCAUCCCCAAAGCAGCCGGCAAAGGCAGCAAAGGCCUGACACCCAAGAAGCAAAAAAAGCCGCAGCCCACAGCCGACACCAGGCCCGCGCUCGAGUACCUGAGGCAGUGGGUGUCGUCGCGCGAUAGCUGGAAGUUCAACAAGAACCACCAGUCGACCCUCAUCAAGGCCGUCUUUGAAAGCGGCAUCCCGCCGGCCGACGUUGGCUCAUUCUACGACUACAUAGAUGACAUCAAGGGUGCCGUCAGGAUGAGACUGCGAGAGACGGCGCUGGCGAUUCGCCUCAAAGACAACACCGACCGCGCGGGCGCCUUCCCCGAAGGCACUGCUGACCCCGACGGCAAGCAGGGCAUGUACGAGGCGGCCCUCGCUGGCUUUCUGGAGGCGCAGCAAAAGGCGGCCAGCAAGAAGAGAACCUUUGCGGAGAUUGACUAUGUGACGACGGCGCAGGACGCAGACGUCAUCAUUCGACGGCUCGUCAAGCGCAUGCGUGCGGAAAUGGUUAUUGCGACGCUGUCUGACGGUGACGAGACUGACGCCAGCACCACCAGCGUUGCGGUCCCCAGCAGGUCUGCCGAUGUUGGCGCCGGCAUGAAGACGAAUGGUGUUACGAGCAAGCGUCGCCGUAAGCUGCGCACCAAUGUGGACGUCAGCGAUAGCAGCAGCAGCAGCGACAGCAGCAGCGACGACGAUACUGACGACGAUGCGGAUUCGGAGUCGGAUGCAGGUACCGAUUCUGACACGAGCAGCAGCGGUAGCGACGACAGCAGCUCAGAGGACGAGGGUGACGAUGAGAACAUGGAUCAAGAUGACGACUCGUCUAGUAGCUCGUCGUCUUCGUCUGACGAUGACUCUGACGAUGAGGACUCUGAUGACGAGGCUGAUGCGACUUCAAUCAAGGGAGACAAGACAGCCAAGUAG